CCUCCCUUCCAGUCUGUGGGUAGACCUGAUUUGUCUUCAACUUGGGGUGUGUGCCUUUCAGUCCUUCACUUCUGCAGUGGAGCGCAGUAUUCUAAGGACUGGGAACAGAUUAUUCAUCACUAAUUUUGCCUAUUUGUUUCAGCACAAACUAAGUCACUAAAUUAUCUGGACUGGAUUUGGACAUUUUCCUCUUGGUAGAACUGUCCUUUUCAGAACCCUGAAAAAUGUUUAACAGUAGAAAACUGCCGCUUUCUGCCAUCAUUUUCAUCGCUGUAUGCAGCAACACCUACAGAGAGACUGUGGGACAAAUAGCCCUCGUGGAGGAGACUGAAUCAGAUGUUAUAGAUGACAUUUAUGAAGGAUGCGGAGAAGAAGCCAUGAAGAAGUUUAUACACUCUGACUUGCUAGAGCAAGAGCUUAAAAGAAGUGAGGGACUCCAGAAAGCAUGGAAGGCAAACACCAACUGUCCAUCACAGACCAGUAAAGUAGAUAAAAAUCUUAUCUAUGCACUUUCUGUCUUUCACUUUGGGGACGUUAUGUUUCUGCAAAAUCUGAACAAUGCAGUGGGCACUAUGGGGGUUAACAUUACUACCUAUGAGCGUGACUUUCAUUACAAGUCCCUUCAUUUCCUGCUCAUGGAUUCUAUGAAGCAGCUAAAAACCAAGGAGUGCAAACCUGUGUAUUUUAUUUCUGAAAACGAAAGCCCAAAAGUUGGCUCAAAAGUCAGAUUUUCAGGUUUUGCCAAGGUCCAUUUAAGCCGCGAAGACCUUCCCGAUCUGGACGGUGAAACUCUCUUAAGCAUAACCUCAUGCUCCUUUGUCAACCUGGAUGACUACAUUUGCCACAAGUACAGUGGAGGACUCAUCUCGCCCGCUGAAGUUUUCACUGUGGAGGAAAUAAAGCAGAAGUCUGACGAAACUGGGUAUUACACCAAUAUUGUUCUAAAGCAUUCAGCUCUCAACGGUACACACAACUGUUUCAUGUUUCCAAGGUCAGCAGCUCCCGUCUCCACCCAGGCCCCUUUCCUCCUGCUGGCUGUCUUAUCUCUGUUUACUUUGACUCUUUGACGAGAGUGACCACUCCAGUCCUCAAAAAAGGAAGAAAUAUUUGUUCUUUAAGCUACUUGACCACUUUAUGUAUUCGGCUCAGCAGCAAUAUGUAAGCAUUGCAUUUUACAAGACUUGAACAAGAUAAUACAGAUUAGUAAAAGGUGGCAAAAAAUACGUUUUGGCUGAUCUUGCCUUUUUGGAUGAGCUGGCAAGUAAUAAUACAAAAAAUGACUGCUUCUUCACUGUUUAUUUUGAGUUUUGAGCUUUCUACAAGACCGGUUACAGGAUAUAUAUUCUCCUGACAAAAAGAGAUGUAGGUGGUUUGUAUUAAAUAUUAUUGUAAGUUGCUUCAUGUAAGACUAUUGUGUAAACUAAUGUGGAAAAUUCUAUGAAUGUAUGAGGAAUUUCUGUGUCAGCUUGAGGUUAUUGAACUUGUUCCAUCAAGUUUAAUCAACUCAACAAUCAUUCCACUUGCUGCCAAAAAAGACAAUGAGUGACAAUGAAGUUAUCUUGGGUUUGUGGAUUCCAAAAGCUUAUAAAUGCUGUUAUGGUCACAUUUGUAAGAACUUGUUUCAAUCAUUGGCGAACAUAAAUUUCAUCUUAGUGUAGUUUUAUUCAAAGGAACAAAUAGCGCUUUGAAGAUUUUGUUCACUCAACUUAGUCAGGGAAAGAGCCCCAAGCUCAGUAAAAACCCAGUCAUUUAUACUUUGCUGGGCGUAACCACUCACUCUAAAGUUACAUUCUGUUGCUCUUUCAGAGCAAAGUUCAUACUGACAAGGUUAUAUCCAGCUUGUAUGAAUAUGUAAAUUUCCAUCACAAUGUGUAAACCUCUUUUCUGAGUUUGUAAGAUGUUGAUGUGAUGCAGUACGUCUGGUAAUAAACAAUAAAGCUA